CGAGAUCGACAGUUGAAAUGUUGAAUCUUCGCGUCUCGAAUUAUAGUUGUUAUCAGUUUAUUGGAUUUAUUUGUAUUUUAUAACAAGAUUGCAGCGAAAUCUGCAAAGUUUUACUUUAUUCUCGAACUCUACUCAUUACCGCAAUAUUCGCUACGGUUCUUCAACAUGUCUUCAAGAAAACCGGUGCAGGUAGAAGAGGUUUUGCCGACAGAUUACCGUCUCAAGCAGCGGAAUACAAUUUGGCGAAAUAUAAUGGAUAAAUAUUCCAAUCUCGAAGAUGAGCAAGAUUUCGACUUAGAAGAUGUAAUCGAGGCAUGUGACGAAGAUGUCAGCGAUAAAAGUUUAGUCAGUGACGUUGAAAGCGAUUCUGGCGCUGAUUCCACCCAGGAAAACCGGGAAGAAAUAUCGAAACAAUUAUCGGUCAUUCUACCGAAACGGAAGAAAAAGUGGAAAACAUCAGGCCUUGCUAAGCUGAUGGAAAAAAUUGAAGACCAAACGCAGCAAGUCAAUCUGCUGAGCCGACAAAAAGUGGAAGACUGGCUGGCCGGUCGCUUCCCUGGAAUGGAACAACAUAUAACCCAAGGACACGAGACGGUGAUGAGUGAGCGAACUGAGGAUGGUAAUCGGAUGCGAUUCCAUCGAAAGCAGCAGGUUACUGUUGCAAGCAAAUUAGACACAGAUUCGCUGUUCUCAUUAGAUACGGCAAGGUAUGUCCUAUCGAAUCAAUCAAAAAAUAGUUAUAGCAAAGUCCGGGUUACGACUACCAUCCAGCAGUAUACGCUAAACCCCAGUAAUGUUCCCCCGGCGAAACUGCAUUCGAUUGGUGCUUUUCCUGCCAUUGAAGCGGACCCACUGUCGGCAUUAAAACUGAAUCGCAAUGUUUCUAAGUCUGAUUCCUCUGCAGUCGAUGCCAACCAUCGUAAGGAGGACAAAGAACCAAUAGAAGAGGCCGAUCUGUUCGUGAAACCGUCAGAAAGGCCAGGCUUUUUACCUGUAGGCAAAAAAAUCUUCAAAAAGGUCGUCAAAAGAAAGCCCAGCUCCAAGCGAAGCCCAUCGAAAGCCACAAUUGCGUCCCGUGAAUACGAGCAAGCUUUAAGAAGGGCUACUCGCGUGACCAAAGUUCCUAUAGGAAAAACAAAAAAGCAGAAAAUCCGCUGGAUGGAAAACAGUAAUAGCAGCAGCAGCAGUUCCAGUGAUAACGAUGAAGUUUUCACAAAGAGUCGUACAAAGCGUACCUUCCCAGGGCCGUUCUCCGAUAGUGAUUCGGCGGAAAGUAACGUCAUUCCGAACAAGAAAUCUAGCCCAUCACAGGUGAAGGCAUUGGUUGAACCGUUUCAGUCGAUUGCGUUGAGUCCGAAGAAAAAGAUGUCACCAAAAUCAUUGGAUUUUACCUCACAAAACGAUCAGACAACGAACUUGACGGCCCGGUUCGCUACGGGUAACCCGAAGAUAGCCAAUUCGACAGAAUUAAACAACUGCACAGCCCGGUUAAACAACUUUAGAACGGGUCUCCAGUCUAGGUACGGAAGCGAUGCUAGAAGCGCCAAUCCACGCAGUAUAUGGGUGUAUAAACCGAAGGACAUUAAAUCUAAUCUAAGUCGCGAAGAAAAAGUUCGCAUUACUAUGAAAGAUUUGGACCUGUCUGGGGUUACAAAACCGCGUCAUUUAGAGAAGUUCAAAAAAUUCAGCUGUCUAAUUCACCCGAACUCCUCGGUGCAAUUCUUUCCGUCCGACUCUGAGGACGACCUGCCGAAACCGAUGCUGAGCGCCAAAGCGCUGCAACUGAUGGAACAGGACGAGGACAGUGAGAGCUUCGACGAAGACGAUCCUCUGCUGACCUAUAAUCCACGCUACACGGAUCGGCUAAAUUUAAGGGAAUGUCCAACCUGGUUCAAUUGAUUCUGUCGACAACAGCCAUGCUAUCAACUCUGCAGGGAGUGUGGUAAAUAUUGUAAACUUGACCUCAAAGCUGUAGGUAUUUUGUUGUCGAAAACCGAAAUGAAAAAGAGACGCAAUUUUUUGAAAACUAAUAUUUCCCAAUGUCAUAAAGAUCUCUGUCCACAGUGCGUAGUAUAGUACGAUAGUAAUCUUCAGUUUUUGAUUCUUGAAAAUAUACACCCAAGCUGCAGCUCGUGCGAGUAAAUUGCAGGAUCUGUUUCUCAGUAA